AUCGAUAUAUUUGACAACGCUAUUGUUUUAAUCCCAGUGCAUCUCCCUGGAAAUUGGGCACUUGGGGUAUUCUACCAAAGAUGUCUAUUCACUGAUAAAUUUUUUGUGAAAUACUUUAUAUUUAAACGUUUCUUAUAUUGCAUCAUUUCACUUUUCAAAUACAUUUGACAUUGGACAUAAGAAAGAAAAACAAUAUAAAAGUUCAAUUAAUUUCUUUUUUCAGGUCGUGGAUGUCAUUCGAAAAGUGAUAUCAUGUUGGGAUUCUUUAAAACAGUGUGCUCCUCCCACCAAGUUCUUUGAGAACAUUAGGUAA